AAUCAGAAUGAAUCAAAUGCAAUAAAACAAUCAUCAUCUUCAUAUCUUUUGAAAAUAUUAAAAUUAGCCAUCAAAACAGAAAAAAAAUUCCAUUUAAAAUCAAGUCAUGUUUUAUACAUGGAAAGAAUUUUCUAAAUGGUUAAAUGUAACAUUGUUUGAGUUGUGGAUGUUUCUGUUGGCUACAUUUGGUUUUUCAUUUAUACUGAUUUGGAAAUUGGAAAAUCCAUUUAAUCUUUUGGAAAUUAUCGGUAUUAAACAGCUUAAUUGGUGGCAUGUAUUCUUUCCAUAUUUUUUAAAUGAUUCAUUAGCUGGAUAUUUUAAUAUUAUUAUAUUUAUUCGUCAAUAUCAUACCGGUAAAAUUCGUCAAGCAUUUAUACGUUUUAUAUUUGUAACGGCACGUUUAGGUAUGCUUUGUUUAGUGAAAAUAUUUCUAAUUUAUAAAUUAGAAAAUAAAUUGGCUGUUAAUUAUUCGGAAAUAUUUUUACCAUUAUUUUUUCUAUUGUUCAUUUUGAUUUGUAGAUCUUUUCGUAUUUGAAUCACACACACACACACACACACACAAAACAAAAUCUUAUUAGUU